ACAAAAUAAAAAUACCAUAAAUAUGUCGUUUCUAAUUGCGACAUGGACCUUGGGGGUGGGAGAUAUCGGGCCCACCGGAUAUAUCAUCCAAAUACGACAAAUUAUGCUUAGCCGUUGGAUUCCGUGGGGCCCGGCUGGAUCGGACGGUCUGCUGGGUGAGAAGUUGGGGGCGGUGGGGGCAGUGAAGGCCCUAGUGGCGUGGGACAAGAGAAAAAGUGGGCCCCAGGAGAGAAAGAGGAUAAAAGGAGGUCUUCGCUUGGGUUUCUUCUCUGUAAUUGCGUGUGUUUUUAGGGGCGGAGCGAGGAGGGAAAGAAGAAGGCUGCAAGGUUUUUCUUUUUUGAAUCGGCGCCUUGCUUUAGAUCUUGAUAAAAGGGAAUGGAUUCGAAGAAGCAGAAGAAGGAGUACGACGAGGACAGCCAGAGGACCGACCUUAGAAUGGCCGGCGGCUGCCGAGGCGGAGACAGCGGUCGCGCGGCGAUGCCUGUCCACCACCGGUUGAUCGUUCCCAAGCCGGAGACGAUGGAGGUCAUGGGGGCGUUGCCGAUCCUCCGGCGGCCGUCCGGGCGGACCAAGGACCGGCAUACCAAGGUAGAGGGCCGCGGGCGGAGGAUCCGCAUGCCCGCCGCUUGCGCAGCGAGGAUCUUUCAGCUCACAAGAGAGCUCGGGCAUAAGUCGGAUGGGGAGACUAUACGGUGGCUUCUCCAGCACGCGGAGCCCGCCAUCAUCGCCGCCACCGGGACCGGCACCAUCCCCGCCAUGGCCACCACCGUCGACGGCACCCUCAAAAUCCCCUCCGAGGCCCCCUCCGCCACUGGGAGCACCACCUCCGCCGCGAGCGACGCCAAAGGGGAAGUAUCCGCCGCGAAGCGGCCGAAGAAGCUCCAGCCCACGCGGGCGGCCGCGAACAGCGGCAGCGGCGUAGCAGCAGCAUACUACCCGAUUGCACCAGCAGACCCGCUACUCCAUGGCGGCGGCGCUAUUUCUAUUUCGUCAGGGCUGGCCCCCAUCGCGGUGGCGGGGCCGGCUGCGCCACCAGGGCUAGUGCCGAUGUGCGCGGUAGGAAACACCGUUUGGGGGAGGGUAAUACCGCCAGGAGCUCUCUGGAUGCUUCCGCCCUCGUCGGCAGUUGCAGCAGGGCCGUCAAACCAGCAACCGCAGAUAUGGACGUUCCCAUCGCCGUCGCAGAUCAUUAACCUCGUGGGGGGCAGACCGAUUCCCACGGUGUUUCCCGGAGGCAUUCCGGGGCUGAAUCUUGACACCCCGGCGGAGGUCCACCAGCUGCCGGCGGGAGCCUCCGCCGACGGGAAGCUGAGCGAUGACGGGCCCUCCGCCUCCACGUUACAGCUGUUGGGGGAGUCGGCGGAGACACAACUCGGCAAGGAAGCGAUGGAAGAAGAACAACGGCAGCUGCCGGAGGAAGAAGAAGAGGAGGAGGAGGAUCCGCUCUCGGAAUCCAGCCCAGAAGACUAGGGUUUUCUCUUCUUUUUUUCUUUGUUUCUUUUUUAGGCAGAGUGAAAAAUAAAUUAAAAAAAAAGGGACUUCUAUUAAGCUGAGUAGAAGAGGCCAUGGACGAAAUAUAUUUGCACUUGUAAUACUCAGCAUCAUUACCGGUGACAGUGGGACGCACGUGCCAACGUGAGUUCAUAACUUUUUUCA